AUGUCGUUGCAGGCGCUGUUGAACGCGAUACUAGGGCUACUAGCUCUUUACAUCGCAAGGGCAUGGGUCAAACGAAAGGGACCCCUGGGGCCACUACCCCCAGGCCCACGACCCAAGCUAAUCGUGGGCAACAUCGCCGACCUGCCGCCUCCAGGAGUGCAAGACUGGAUGCAUUGGCUGAAGCAUAAAGAUCUAUAUGGGCCCAUAAGUUCUGUUACGGUAAUGGGUCAGACGAUCGUGAUCCUAAAUGAUAUACAGACAGCGUCAGACCUAUUGCGCAAACGAGCCUCGAUGUACUCGUCCCGACCGCAUCAGGUUUUCGCAUCCGAACUAGUAGGCUGGGGGCACGCUUUGGCUAUGCAGCCAUACACCGACCGAUUUAGAGCUUAUCGGAAGCUCAUGAAACCAUAUUUUGGCUCAGAAAAGGUCGCUGCACAAUACAUUCCGCUGCAGGAGGUGGAAGCCCAUCGCCUGUUGUGGCGUAUUCUGAAGGACCAAGAAAACCUGACGCAACACAUUCAGACUGAAGCUGGAGCGGUCAUUCUCAAAAUAACAUAUGGUUAUAGGGUUGAGCCGCACAAGGAAGAUAUGCUGGUGAACCUUGUCAAUGAGGCUCUUGAGCAAUUCGGACAUGCCGCGACACCAGGUACUUGGCUUGUGGACAUAAUACCGGCAUUAAAAUACGUCCCAUCCUGGUUCCCAGGCGCUGGAUUCAAGCGUACGGCACAAGAAUUCAGAAAAAACCUUGAAGACGUUGCGAAAAAGCCUUACGCCUUUGUUCAGCAACGGAUAAAGGAUGGCAGGUAUAAGCCAUCAUUUCUUUCCGAUACACUUAAACUGAACGGAAUUCCACCCUCCGGAUCAGAGGAAGAGCUGGUUGCCAGAUGGACAACUGCAUCACUUUAUGGCGCGGGCGCCGACACUACCGUGUCUUCGGUUGGAACAUUUUUCCUUGCUAUGGCAUUGUACCCGGAAGUUCAAAAAAUGGCCCAGGAUGAGAUUGACCGGGUUAUCGGUCCCGGUCGACUCCCCACGACGGCAGACCGCGAUCGCCUGCCGUAUGUUAAUGCGAUAGUAAAGGAGGUCUUCCGUUGGCAUCCUGUAGUACCAAUGGGGAUUCCACAUAUGUCGACGGCUGACGACAUCUACGAGGGGUACUAUAUUCCCAAAGGUUCUCUUAUUAUGCCGAAUAUUUGGGGGAUGAUGCACGAUCCCGCAUUGUAUCAUGAUCCUAUGGCUUUCAAGCCAGAACGUUUCUUGGAGAUUGAUGGCCGGGGCCCCGACACAGAUCCGCACAGCUUCGUAUUUGGCUUUGGGCGUCGCGUCUGCCCCGGUCGAAUCCUGGCAGACAGCACAGUAUGGCUCAGUGCUGCUAAGUCUCUUGCGGUGUUCAAUAUCAGCAAACCUGUGGAGAAUGGCGUUGAGGUGGAUAUUAAAGCUGAAUUCCUGCCUGGAGUUAUUAGCCAUCCGGCGCCAUGCAAGCUGCAAAUCACGCCUCGGAGUGCUGCACAUGAAGACCUGAUAUUAGCGGUGGAGCAGGAGCACCCUUGGGAGCAGGGUGACGGGUCCGAGUUGCAGAAGAUUCGAUAUUAA